AUGCCCCCGACCACAGGCACAAGAACCUCUACGAGGCAGGGGCGGGCUACGGUCCGACCUACCAACUACUAUGCGCGCACCUUUGCCGGCCGCCUCAACGCGAGCGGGAUGGAGCAGACGCCCGAAGCUUCCAGCAGCGCGCCCGGCUUCCUGCCCGCCCUCACCCACUUUAGCGGCGCCGUCGAUGCGUUUCCAAAGGAGAUAAUUAAGCAUUUUUCCAUGUUCAAGGAAGUCGAGGCCAAACUCCAUGACCCGGAGCAGAUGCUCAAGGAGCUGCUUGACGACAUCGCCCGGCAGCCCGUCACUACAAAGGCCCAGCUGGCUGCUAUAGAACAGGCCUCAGUAGCGUCUGAGGCCAACGCCAACCUCAAUCCUGACAACAUGUCCCCCGAAGAACGUUCGGCCAUGACCAAGCGCCAGCUCUUCUAUCGCCUCCGCAUGAUUAUCGCGAACACGCUGCCCAUACUCGACGAAAAGCUCGUAGUGCUCCAGGGCGCCAAAGCCACCAAAGACAAGGGCCUCACGCGCAUGCACCACUCCUUCGCCCAGCUCGACGGCGAGAUCAGCGACGAAGCGCGAUACGGCAGCCUUACACACUGGGCAUAUGCGGACAAAGAGGAGAAGAAAAAGGGCGGACCAUCCCACGAGCGGCAGAGGCGCGAGGUGGCUGCGGCGAAUAACCUGGCCGCGGCCGCUCAACAUGUCCAUGACGUCGAUUCAAUUGCGGCCAAGAGCGAGGCCAGACGUGAGGCCAUGCAGGCGAACAAGCGCAGUCGACACCACCAGGUUGACUCCGACUUCGACGACAGACCAGCCAAGAGACCGCAGAAGAAGAAGCCCUUGCCUGCAGAGACAGCAGCGCCAGACAGCAGAAGCCUUGGGUUGGGCAUUUCAAGCAACGGCACAGGUCCUCAUGGCAAGCGGAAGAAGACUGAAAAGGCCCUUGCCGCUGCGGCGGCGGCGGUACCGGCAGCUCCGCCCAUGGAGCGAUCACUGAGCAGUGCUUUGAAAGCAACUAGCAACGGCGUACGGGGUGGUUCUAGCCCACGGGGAACGCCAGGUCCAGAGAACGGCGCAGCAAAACGCAAACCUCGUGCCGCACCCGUGGCUGCGCAACGCAAGAACCCGCUUCCCCCGUACUCGCCCCCUAUGGCUUCGUCACCCCUUGCUGCCAACUUCCCCGUCAACAAAGCAAUUGCCGGCGCAUCGGAACGAACACUGUCUGCCCGUGCACGGAAGAACUCCACAGCCAAUUCGGUGGCGUCAAUCAAGGACCAAGAGGCUACAGCUGCAGGCCGCCCGUCAUCCUCGCACUCUGCGCAACAAGCCGCUAGCAGCAACGCCAUCACAGAGCUGGAACAGGCUGCUGGCGUUGUGCGAGACAAUGCUUCGGCAAAGGGCGCGUCCACUCCAAAGGAGAGUACAGAGAUCCCACCGCCCUUUGAUACAGCCAACAUGAAGGUGGAAGACUUGGGACAGCCGGAGCCAGAGAGCAUGGACAUUGACGCUCCCGCACCGAUAUCUGCCGCCGUGAGAUCCGGUCGGAACUCCAAGAAUACGACACCUGUUGUCGGCGCGUUUGUGGAGACACCCAUGGCGCGAAGUCGCAGUAGCCGCAACGUGAACAAUGGAAACUCAAACUCCACCACGUCGUCAGAGAACAACAGCACGACAGGCGCCGGAUCAAAACGAGGCAACAAGAAGAACACGCAAUCGACUACCGCCACUGCUUCUCCCGCCCUGAAGCCCACGCCGAACGUAAAAUCGAACCCUCCAUCAUCCGCUGCCAGCUCCGUCGCACAAGAACAAGACUACCAAGAGGUCGAGGCGGAAGCCGAACCAGAGGCCGAAUCGGAGGAAGAUGGCGACGAGCCGCGAUACUGCUAUUGUAACGAAGUUUCCUACGGGAACAUGAUUGCCUGCGACAACGAUGACUGCCCCCGCGAGUGGUUCCACCUUGGCUGUGUAAAUCUUGACAAACCGCCUACUGGCAGAACGAAAUGGUUCUGCAGUGACGACUGCAAGGAGACGUACAAUAAGACCAAGGCGAAGGGGGGCCGUCCAGGCAGUAGUAGACAAUAG